AUGCCGGACUACGAGCGACUGGUCAAUCUGUGCUUUCCGACGAUCGUGCAUCCACCCGCUGUCAAUUCUCCCAUGGCAGAACUGUAUCCGUCCAUUGCGCAGUGCGCCGUUGUGGCCACGGCGCUCAAGGUGCUGCUGUUUCCUGCUUACAAGUCGACCGACUUCGAGGUUCAUCGCAACUGGCUAGCUCUAACGCAUUCCCUACCCAUCAACGAGUGGUACUACGAAAAAACGUCAGAAUGGACGCUAGACUAUCCGCCUUUCUUCGCCUACUUUGAGUGGCUACUAUCUCAAGCUGCAGCAUAUGUUGACCCAGCUCUGCUCAACGUAAAAGAUCUCGGAUACGACAGCUGGCAGACCAUAUACUUUCAGCGUACUACAGUCAUCAUUACCGAGCUUGUCUUGGUCUACGCUUUGCACCUCUAUGUGAAGACGUCAAAGUCCAAGGUGACUGCUCAUGCCGCUGCACUCUCCGUCUUGUUGUCUCCAGGACUCCUGAUCAUCGACCACAUCCACUUUCAGUACAAUGGCUUCCUCUACGGCAUCCUUGUACUGUCCAUGGUCCUGGCCCGCAACAAUUCGACGCUCUUACUGUCCGGUCUGCUAUUUGCAGCGUUGUUGUGCCUCAAACACAUCUACUUGUAUCUCGCACCUGCGUACUUUGUCUACCUUCUGCGCGCUUAUUGCUUAGCGCAGCGGUCGUCCUUCCCGUACUUUAACAUUCAAUUCUUCAAUUGUAUCAAGUUAGGAGUAGGUAUCGUUGCUGUCUUUGUAGCCGCGUUCGGUCCUUUUGCGAUACGGGAACAGAUCCCGCAAGUAUUCAGUCGCUUGUUCCCAUUCUCGCGAGGUCUAUGUCAUGCGUAUUGGGCGCCGAACGUCUGGGCCAUGUAUUCGUUCUCUGAUCGAGUUUUGAUCUACCUUGCCCCACGCCUCGGGCUGCACGUUGAUCAAGAGGCAGUGAAUAGUGUCACUCGAGGUCUUGUCGGAGAUACCUCUUUCGCAGUGCUUCCAGAUAUAAGCCCUUUGACUUGCUUCCUACUUACACUCGGUACACAGAUACCCGUUCUCCUCCGUCUCCUAUACAAACCGACUUGGGAGGCCUUCGUUGGUGCUGUGACACUUUGCGGUUAUGCAUCCUUCUUAUUCGGAUGGCAUGUUCACGAGAAGGCGAUCCUGCUAAUCAUAAUCCCAUUCAGCCUGAUAGCGCUCCAAGAUCGUAGAUACUUUGGCGCUUUCCGACCCCUAGCUGUCGCCGGUCACGUAUCACUCUUCCCCCUACUAUACACAGCAGCCGAGUUUCCCGUGAAAACAGUUUACACCAUCUUCUGGCUCGUGCUCUUUCUUAUCACGUUCGAUAGGCUAGCUCCUGCUUCCCCCAAACCCAGGAUCUUCUUGCUUGAUCGCUUCUCUCUGCUAUAUAUCGCUCUUUCGAUUCCUCUGAUUGCGUACUGCUCAUUGGUUCACGGGAUAGUGUUUGGCUCUCGAUAUGAAUUCCUGCCGCUCAUGUUUACAAGUUCAUACUCAGCAGUUGGAGUGGUGGGCAGCUGGGUAGGCUUUCUGGUCGUGUACUUCGACUUGUAG